AUGUCUCAAGGAUUCAGAGCUAACCAGCUGCACGGUCGGGCAAUUCUCAGUGGACAGGAGUCCAGCUACUGCCCUGAUCAGGUGCGCACGGAUAUGCCCCAGGUGUCGUGCUCACGGAUCGCGGUUGCUCGGACGACGUGGCACAAAAUGGCACGCGUAAAGAUGGGUCUCUUCACUCUCCUGUGUCUGCCCACGUUGUUCUUCCACGUCCUCGUGCUCUCCCACAGCGGCGGCAUCUACGAGCGCGCGGCGGUCCCUGACGCCGUGGUCCGCUCCGUGGCUCGCAUGGACGGCGACGUGAUCAUAGGCGCGCUCUUCUCCGUCCACCACCAGCCGUCGGCGGAGAAAGUAGCUGAGCGUCAAUGCGGGGACGUCCGCGAGCAGUACGGCAUCCAAAGGGUGGAGGCCAUGUUCCACACCUUGGACCGGAUCAAUGCGGACCCGGACCUGCUUCCAAAUAUCAGCCUGGGCUGCGAGAUCCGAGACUCCUGCUGGCACUCCUCCGUGGCCCUGGAGCAGAGCAUCGAGUUCAUCCGGGACUCCCUCAUCUCCAUCCGGGAUGAUAAGGACGGAUCCAAAUGGUGCAUUGACGGCACCCCGUCCCACCAGCCUCCACCCUCGAAGAAGCCCAUCGCCGGAGUGAUCGGACCGGGAUCCAGUUCUGUGGCCAUUCAGGUGCAGAACCUCCUGCAGCUCUUCAACAUCCCGCAGAUCGCUUACUCGGCCACCAGCAUCGACCUGAGUGACAAGACGCUCUUCAAGUACUUCCUGAGGGUUGUGCCCUCAGACACCCUCCAGGCCCGGGCCAUUCUGGACAUUGUCAAGCGAUACAACUGGACCUAUGUGUCUGCCGUGCACACUGAAGGAAACUAUGGGGAGAGUGGCAUGGAGGCCUUCAAGGAGCUGGCCUCCCUGGAAGGUUUAUGCAUUGCCCACUCGGACAAGAUCUACAGCAACGCGGGGGAGAAGCACUUUGAUCGCCUUUUGAGGAAACUACGGGAACGUCUGCCCAAAGCUCGCGUCGUGGUGUGUUUCUGCGAGGGCAUGACUGUCCGAGGUCUCCUGAUGGCCAUGAGGAGACUCGGGGUGUUCGGGGAGUUCCUCCUCAUCGGCAGUGAUGGAUGGGCAGACCGUUACGAGGUUGUGGAGGGUUAUGAGCAGGAAGCAGCGGGAGGAAUCACGAUGAAGCUGCAAUCAGAGAUGGUCAGGACCUUUGAUGAUUACUAUUUGAAGCUUCGUCUGGACACCAACACCAGGAACCCCUGGUUCUCUGAGUUUUGGCAGUUCCGCUUCCAUUGCCGCCUCGCAGGCCACCCACAGGAGAACAAGAACUUCAAGAAAGUCUGCUCCGGUGAUCAUGGCAAGGAGAGUCUGCAAGACAACUAUGUUCAGGAUAGUAAAAUGGGAUUUGUGAUCAAUGCCAUCUAUGCCAUGGCUCAUGGCCUCCAUGAUAUGCACAGCGAGUUGUGCCCCGGGCAGCCGGGCCUGUGUGAGGCCAUGGACCCUAUCGAUGGCAGCAAGCUGCUGGACAGCCUGCUGAAGACAUCCUUCAGGGGAAUCUCAGGAGAGGAGAUUUAUUUUGAUCAAAACGGAGACACCCCAGGAAGAUAUGACAUCAUGAAUCUCCAGGGUUUGGUUGAUGAUCGCUAUGACUAUCUGAACGUGGGCUCCUGGCAUGAGGGCAUCUUAAGCAUUGAUGACUCAAUGCUGUGGAUAAACAGCAGUGACAUGGUCCGCUCAGUCUGCAGUGAGCCCUGCUUCAAAGGACAGAUCAAGGUUAUUAGGAAGGGCGAGGUGAGCUGCUGCUGGAUCUGCACCACAUGCAAGGACAAUGAGUACGUCCAGGAUGAGUUCACCUGCAAGGCAUGUGAGCUGGGAUGGUGGCCCGACGAUAACCUGGAAGGCUGCCAGGAACUGCCUCUGAAGUAUCUUGACUGGGCGGAUGUGGAAUCCAUGGUGGCGGUGGCUUUCUCCUGCCUGGGCAUCCUCAUCACGUCCUUUGUCACCUUUGUGUUCAUCCAGUACCGUGAUACACCUGUGGUAAAGUCCUCGAGCAGAGAACUCUGUUAUAUCAUCCUGGCAGGCAUCUUCAUGGGCUACAUUUGCCCAUUCACUUUAAUCGCCCAUCCUACGGUGGCCUCCUGCUACUUGCAGAGGCUCCUGGUGGGCCUUUCAUCUGCAAUGUGCUACUCGGCCCUGGUGACCAAAACGAACCGCAUUGCCCGCAUCCUGGCAGGCAGCAAGAAGAAGAUCUGCACCAAGAAGCCACGUUUUAUGAGCGCUUGGGCCCAGGUGGUCAUCGCCUUUAUGCUGAUCAGUAUGCAGCUAACUCUGGAGAUCACACUCAUCAUUCUGGAGCCUCCUGAACCCGUCAAGUCCUACCCGAGCAUACGCGAGGUCUACCUCAUCUGUAAUACUAGCAACGUAGGCAUGGUGGCGCCACUGGGCUACAACGGCCUGCUAAUCAUGAGCUGCACCUACUAUGCCUUCAAGACUCGGAACGUCCCGGCCAACUUUAAUGAGGCUAAAUAUAUUGCCUUUACGAUGUACACUACCUGCAUUAUCUGGUUGGCCUUUGUGCCAAUCUAUUUUGGCUCAAACUACAAGAUCAUAACCACAUCCUUCUCCGUCAGCCUGAGUGUAACAGUGGCACUUGGGUGCAUGUUCACGCCGAAGAUGUACAUUAUCAUUGCCAAACCAGAGAGGAACGUCCGAAGCGCCUUCACCACGUCUGAUGUUGUGCGAAUGCACGUUGGGGAUGGAAAGUCGGCUCAAUGCGCGACCAACAACUUCUUCGAUAUAUUCCGCCGGAAGAAACCUGUGACGGGCAAAGCCAAUUCUAAUGGCAAGUCUGUGUCAUGGUCUGAAUCAGGUGCAAGACACCCUCCAAGAGGGGGGAAUGUGUGGCACAGACUGUCUGUGCAUGUGAAGAAACAGGAAGCCAGCCUGAAUCAGACGGCGGUCAUCAGGCCCCUCACUAACACCCCCGACCCCCACAGUUGUGCGCCCACCACCUGCAACCUCGCCACAGAACCUCAUCCCCCCCGAGAACCGCGUGGCGCUAAGCCUCUGUACAACCUGGUGGAGGAGGACGACGAGGCAGAUUCCCAGCGCCCCCUCCGGACCCCGACUUGCUCUGGACAGACGCAAGGGCUGGAGUCUAAUUUAGAUAAGCCGGCUUCAUAUUUGCCCCUUCGCUUGAAGGGCUGCGCCACAGAGCGCUUGCAGGGGGCUGUGGUGGACACACACAGCUCCUAUGUCCCUGCCCUCAAUGGACACACCGCCAAGGAGGCGAUCCCUGCCAAUGAGCAUUUGAACUUGAGCCCCUCUCCGCAUCCUUUGGCCCUUCAAGUAAGGGUGUUUGAAGAAGAGGGGUCCGAGGACGAGGAACGGGACCUCUUACACAGAUACAUUUAUGAUGCCAAGGAGGAGGAGGAGGAGGGGGAGGACGGGGAAGGCGAGGAUUUAUUUCGGAACAAGCCACAUCUUGAAGAUUCCCUCGCUCUGUCACCCCCCUCCCCCUUCAGAGACUCUGUGUGUUCGGAGGAGUCCGUCAGCGACUCCGCCAUCAUGGAGUUGAUGCUCGGAGACCCUCUGAGCUCAGUCUACGCCUCAAACAGCGCCCAAGACUUUGCACACAGCUCCUCAACACUGUGAGAGCAAAGCAGGCACAGUUGCUGUUCACGCAGACAUAUUCCGCUUACAGGUUCAUGCCCCCACGCACAUACACACACACAACUACACACACACACACACACACACACACACAUAUAUACAGAUACCAAUUGUACAACAUUAUUUUAUUUUCAUUUCAAGGUUUUCUAGCGCAUUUGGCUUGCUUGUGUGUAUUACUCUGCUUUUAAAAGUAAGGGGUUAAUCAAUAUUAUAAGUAGAAAAAGACCAGGAAUCAUCCAUGUGUGCUCACAUUGCUGAAGGGCUGUCAGUGAUCAAAGGCUUUCUGUAAACUGGGAAGAGUGCCAAAACGUGUCAGCUCUCAUGCCAAAGUGUGAUGAAUUAAGCAGCACUGAUAAGCAUAAUGAAGGAUGUAGCAGUAGUUUUCAUAAUGUCGGUGCAAUUAAAUAGUCCAGGAGAGGCACAUGGAAAGACAAACACGGGUCAAUGUGUAGAUACUCUAUGAGCACUGUAAGAUACAACCAGAGUCCAAACUGGCUCUUAAGACCGCAGUAGCUGAAGUGCAUUUCAUGCCAGUUUUGAUUAGCUCGGCUCCUCUGCUGCACACAUACACGUUUUUUCAUGUGUGUAGCAGUUGCAGCUGCAUCGAAGAUUAUUCGCUUAUCGCCUUCUUUCAUUUAUCAAUUUCACUUUCCGCUUUCCAUCAUCUGACCUCAUCGCAAUUAAAAUAUGCCAAGAUAUUAAUGAACAAAAAAACGUGCAGUAAGUUGGUUGAUUAUUACUUUUAUGUACAACAACAUUUUCUCACAAAACGAUGAUUCUGCUGAACUUGCGCUGUAUGAUAUAUGACAUGGAUAUAAUGUGCCAAUCAAAGUUGUUAUCGACCUACAUCCCCGCUUGUAGCUGAUACAGGUUAGCGUGAUUGUAGAAGAUGCCAAUGUUGUUUAUUUAGUUUACACUCAAUCAUAACUCUGAGAACAAGUUUUAUGAGCAUGGGAUAAAAGAACUACUUUUGCUUUCAAUGCCGUGUUGAUAUUUCUCAUGUUUUCUGUGUUGGCUGUGUCUUUGUAAUGAAAAACACAGUACUUGUACAAGUUCUCAAAGUUUGUAAUACUGUGAAGCCAUCUCUUGUUUUUUCACACAGGUGGGAUGUUUGUAAUACUGAUAAAUGUUUCUAUAUUUAGAAUGUGAACAGAAAAAAAAGAGUUUAUACAUUUUAAAACUGUCCUCUGAUACUUGUCAAAGAGCAGUGUGUUUGGUUUAACUUUUAAGCUAACUUGGUCAACUGUAUCCUCUUGAAAAUAUUCAGUUGUAAAGGUAAACCAAUGAUUAGUUGCUUCUUGUCAUGAGAUUAUACAUGUUUCAAUUUUGCUUAAAUCUUGCAUUAUAAACUUAAGUAGUUUACUUGCGGUUAAGUUUCUUAGUUCAUUAUGAGAAUGCAAAUUAUUUCAAAGUACAAGACGAUACAGUACAUAGUGAAAUUGUAAUGUAUUUCCAAAUGUUUUUAGUCUAUUAUAGUGUAAGUUGUAAAAUGAUUUUAUCCAGUGUAAAAUAUACGAGGGUGCCACCUGUUUGACACGGUCAAAUCUAGAGUGAAAUAGUCCUUUAUGUUUUGGGCAAGCUGAACAAUGCUGUAAAA